AUGCCUUCGGACUGCUCCCCUACGUGCUGCUCCUCUGAAUCCUGUGCCACAGCUUCCGACUGUGUGUUCGCUUCACCCUGUUCCAUGGAAACCACUCACCUCCCCAGCGCCCAAGCCACCUCCAGAGGCCAGACCCCUAGCUUCCUAUCUGGGUCUCGCUUGGCAACUGGCUGUGUCACACCGUGCUACUUGGCUGGGAAUUGUCACAUUCCGUGCUUGGUGGGGAGCGGUGCUUGGUGUGAGGAUGGGAUGUUCAACAGCAACGAGAAGGAGACGAUGCAGUUCCUGAACGACAGACUCGCCAACUACCUGGAGAAGGUGCGAGGCCUGGAGGAGAUGAACGCGGAGCUGGAGUGCAGGAUCCGAGAACAGUGUGAAGGGGAGGUCCCCUUGGUGUGCCCCGAUUAUCAGUGUUACUUCGACACCAUUGAAGAUCUCCAGCAAAAGAUCUUGUGCACAAAGGCAGAGAAUUCUAGACUUGCUGUUCAGCUUGACAACUGCAAACUGGCUGCCGAUGACUUUAGGUCAAAGUACGAGUCUGAACUGUCUCUUCGCCAGCUGCUGGAGACGGACAUUGGCGGCCUGCGUGGGAUCCUGGGUGAGUUGACUCUGUGCAAAGCCGAUCUGGAGGCCCACGUGGAGUCUCUGAAGGACGAUCUCCUUUGCCUUAAGAAAAACCACGAAGAGGAGGUCAACUUGCUUCGCGGACAGCUGGGUGACCGACUCAGCGUGGAGCUGGACACUGCCCCCACCGUCGACCUCAACAGGGUCCUGGAUGAGAUGCGCUGUCAGUAUGAAACGGUGCUCGCCAACAACCGCAGAGAUGUGGAAGAAUGGUUCGCUGUUCAGACAGAGGAGCUGAAUCAGCAGCAGCUGUGCAGCACGGAGCAGCUGCAGGACUGCCAGACAGAGAUCCUGGAACUGAAACGCACAGCCAACGCUCUGGAAAUUGAGCUCCAAGCACAGCAAAGCCUGACAGAAUCUCUGGAAUGCACUGUGGCGGAGACUGAGGCCCAGUACGGCGUGCAGCUGGCCCAGAUGCAGUGCCUGAUCGAUAACGUAGAGAACCAGCUGGCGGAGAUCCGCUGUGACCUGGAGCGGCAGAACCAGGAGUACGAGGUGCUGCUGGACACAAAGGCCCGGCUGGAGUGUGAGAUCAACACGUACCGGGGUCUCCUUGAGAGUGAGGACAGCAGGCUUCCCUGUCACCCAUGUUCUACCACAAGCACGUCAGACAACACUUGUGAGCCAUACUCCACGUAUGUGAUUUGCACGCUCGAAAACUGCUGUGUGUGAAUGCUAAACCCCCAGCGCAGCGGAUGGAGCCUUCAAAGCCAGCAGUGUCCUGGAAAGGAGAUGGGGGCUUCAAUCAGAGACAUCCAAACUUGAAAGUCAAGAAGGGUUUUCCAUCCUGGGGAGCCUGGGUGGCUCAGCCGGUUGAGUGUCUCACUCUUGGUUUCGGCUCAGGUCAUGAUCCCAGG